AUGAGGCACGUGUUGGUGCUCCACUUCACGCUCGCAGCUGCAGCCACCGUGGUCAGUAACGACACCAGCCGCUCCCACCGGCUCGUCAUCGGCUUCCAGGCUCCCUGGAACGUGUCGUUCCCCUUCAGCGCCCUGCGGCUCGGCUCGGCCAUCCAGAUCGCCGUGGAGAAGGUGAAUGCCAACCCCUCCUUCCUGGGGAACUACAGUCUGGACUUUGUGUACACGGACACAGACUGUAAUCCCAAAGCCUCCCUGGGAGGAUUUAUUCACCAGGUGUGGAAGGAAAACGUGUCUGCACUGUUUGGUCCUGCGUGUCCCGAAGAAGCCGAGGUCACCGGUCUCAUUGCGUCCACAUGGAACAUCCCCAUGUUCAGUUUUGUGGGACAAUCCUCCAAAAUGGACAACAGCAACAUCUACGACUCCUACGUCAAGAUAGUUCCCCCUCUGAAAAGGAGCGCCGAGGUGCUGAUGAAGACCCUGGAGUUCUUUGACUGGAAACACGUGGCGAUGAUCGGAGGCGGACUGGACUCAAACACUUGGGACAAAGUCGACGCUUUGUGGAAAACCAUUGAGAAUCCGCUGAGAGCAAACUUAAAACUGGUCGCCGCCAUCAAGUUUGACACCAGCAACCCUCAGCUGGUCUACAGAAACAUUAAGUUCAUCUCCACCGUCGCCAGAGUGAUUGUGGUCCUGACGAACAGCGAGGACUCCAUGUCUCUGCUGCUGGAGGCCGAGCGGCAGGGUCUGAUGAACGGAGACUACGUCUUCUUCCUGGUGCAGCAUUUUGAGGUCAGUGGCACCGUGGAUAAUUUGUGGAAAUAUGCCUUGAACAGCAGACUAAACCACGCUGCCAUCAGAGCCUUUGACAUGGCCUUCGUCAUCGGACAGAAAUCCUACGACGGCUACGACUAUUAUGACUUCUUUGAUCAGGUUUUUGAAAGACUGAAAGGACGCCCGUUUUACAGCAACCUGACCUCUGAGAGUGAGGUGAGCCCUUACGCUGCCUACCUGCACGAUGCGGUGCUUCUUUACGCCAUGGGACUGAAGGAAGUCAUCAAAGACGGAAAAAACCCUCAUGAUGGAAAGCAGCUGCUGCAGAGAUUAAAGAAUAAAAGCAACAUUCGGUUUUAUGGUGCCUCUGGACUAGUCCACUUCGACGAAGAGGGGGAGAGGAAUUUGGACUAUUCCAUUUAUGACCUGCAGCACACAGGAGAAACCACCAAGUUUGUACCGAUCCUCAAUUUCGACAGUCACACCAAAGAAGUCCGACCCACGUCAAUGUUUGGUUCUGUGGUCUGGCCAAGAGGAAGACGUCCUGCUGAUAAACCAGAGUGUGGAUUCAACAAUGAGCUCUGUGAAUGGCUCAUUAAUGACAUCGCCCUGCUGGCUCUGCUCGUGACCUUCCCCGUCAUCGGUGUGCUGGCGGUUCUGUGCAUCGGGGUCCUCAUCCUGCAGAAGUUUCGGCUCCAGACGAGGCUGGACGACUCCUGCUGGUGGCUGAUCAGCUACAGCGACAUCACCAUCAUCAGGGAGCAAGGAGGGGUUCAGGGUUCCUCUCUGAGCACCACAGCCAGUCAGAGCAUGAGCAGCAGCUCUCAGUCCAACUUCUCCAACAACAGCUACGGUCUGAGGGACAAGAUGGGGAGAGAGAACGUCUUCACCACCAUCGGCCUCUACCAGGGAAAUCAAGUGGCCAUCAAGUACUUGAAGAACCACAUUGUCGGCAACUACCAGAAACCCUCAAUUGUUGAAGAGUUCAAUGUGAUGAAAGAGAUGAAACAUGAGAACUUGGUUCAGUUCUUUGGUGCUUGCAUCGAGCAGCCGAAUGUCUGUUUGAUCACCCAGUACUGCAGAAAAGGCAGCCUGAAGGACCUUCUGAAGUCUACAGAUGUUGAGCUGGACGGGAUGUUUAAGCUGUCAUUUGCUUAUGACAUUGUCAAUGGAAUGGAGUUCAUUCACAAAAGUAACCUGAGGUUUCAUGGGAACCUGAAGCCCAGCACAUGUCUGGUGGACAGUCGACUCCAGAUAAAACUCUCCGGCUUCGGUCUGUGGGAGUUUAAAUACGGGAGCAAAAACAAGAUUGUCUCACUGGAAAACCCAAAUUAUGAAGAGAUGUUUUGGAGAGCUCCGGAGCUCCUGAGACAAGUUGGUCUCCAUGUCAUUGGGACGCCCAAAGCGGACGUCUUCAGCUUCGCUAUCAUCAUGUGGGAGCUCAUGUACAACGCCAAGUCUGGUCCAUAUCACGAAGUCAACCUGGAGCCCAAAGAGAUUAUCAUGCAGCUGCGGACGCCUUUCCAAGGGGAGUUCCUGCGGCCGGCGCUGUCUGCGGAGCUGUGUGAGGAGAACGUCAACCUGCUGCUGAAGGCGUGCUGGAAUGAAAACCCCGACCACCGACCGCCGUUUGCAUCGAUACGGAGACAGCUGAGGGACAUGAGCCCAGACAGUCAUGCAAAUAUUCUGGAUAAUAUGGUGGAAAAGUUGGAGAAAUAUGCAAAUCACUUGGAGGAGGUGGUGGAGGAGAGGACCAAUCAGCUCACAGCAGAGAAGACCCGAGCAGACAAGCUUCUCUCCAGCAUGUUACCAAGAUACAUCGCAGAUCAGCUGAUGGUGGGGAAGUCAGUGGAGCCGCAGAGCUACGACAUGGUGACCAUCUUCUUCUCCGACAUUGUGGGCUUCACGUCCAUGUGCUCCGUCAGCUCCGCCAUGGAGGUGGUGACGUUCCUCAACGACCUCUACAGCCUCUUCGACGACAUCAUCAAGAUGUACGACGUCUAUAAAGUGGAAACUAUUGGUGAUGCCUACAUGGUGGCCAGUGGUCUCCCCAUCAGCAACGGCUACCGCCACGCCUUAGAGAUUUGUACCAUGGCUCUGCAUUUUCUGAGCUCCAUCAAGGUCUUCAGAAUCCACCACAUGCCCAAUGAAAGUCUUGCAAUUCGCAUUGGGAUACACUCCGGUCCAGUGGUGGCUGGAGUGGUGGGCACCACAAUGCCUCGAUACUGUCUGUUUGGUGACACGGUGAACACAGCCUCGCGCAUGGAAAGCAACAGUUUACCCCUGAAGAUUCACAUAUCUCAGUGCACCGCCGACAUCCUGGUCCAGGCUGGAUCAUUUGAGCUGGAGGAGAGAGGGGAAGUGGAAAUGAAGGGCAAAGGGCUUCAUAAGACUUACUGGCUGCUGAGCAAACAGGGAUUUAAUCCUCCUCUUAUUGCUCACAGCUCUCCACCAGCCGACAGUUUCAAACCACUAACAGAGAAACAGGGAAUACCCAGAGUGGCUGAGAAAAGGGUCCACAAACCCCUGACCAAAGCUAUGAUGACUGCAGUGCACAUCUGAAGAACAACUGGAUCUUCAGACCAGAUUUUAGACAAAGGAAUAUCUUACAUGGUCUCACAGAACGCAAAACAACUUCAGAGGAGAAAAUGAAAUGUCGACAGAGACUUUUGAGUGAUAAAAUAUAAAGUAGAGCUGAGAACCUGGAUUAUAAAACUUGUUUUUUGUUUUUCUUUCUUGCUGAAGAAGGCUAAGAUACUGUUUAAUGUGAUUUUUUUCUGUGUUUUUGUACAGAUACAAAUCCACCCUCUUAUAAAGGAUAAUCUGAUUAUGUGCAAAAAAAUACUGUUAAAAAACCUCCUUCUUGGACAAAAAUGUCUGCAUCCAAAAACCUUUAUAAAUAUUAUAGAUAAUAUAUAAUAUAAAUAUCA